AUGGUUAUUGAUGAUGAUCGUUAUGAUAAUCAAACAAUCAUUAAAUCUAAUAAAAUUGAAUUAGAUCAUUUUAAUGAAAUAUGCUUAAAAGAAAAUAAUCGAUUAAGACAAUUACAUAAUUGUCCUAAAUUGAAAUUAAAUUAUCGUUUAAUAAAAUCUGCACAAAUUCAUUCGGAAUAUUUACAAAAAUUACAUCAAUUACAAAAAAUUGAUCAUUUAAUAUGUGGUCAAAAUAUGGCUUUAAUAAUUGGUCAACAAAAUUGUCAAAUUGCAGGACUUAAUGCGAUACGAGCAUGGUAUAAACAGUCAGAAAAUUAUGACUAUAAUGAAAAUUAUCAAGAGCAUAAAGGUUAUUUUACUCAAAUGAUUUGGAAAAAAACGAAAGAAGUUGGAUUCGGUUUUACUAAAUCAGAAAUAGCUGGUAACAAAACUACAGAAUUUCAAGACAAUGUUCUACCAAGAAGAGAAGGAGCUCAUGAUAUGAAGACCGAUGACGAUUGUUCAAAUGAUCCCAACGAUAAUCUCAAACAACAUCGACAUUCUUGUUCAAAAGGACGGUGUGUUAUAAUUUAA